AUGGCAACAGCAAACAUCAGAGUACAAUGUUCUAUCUGUAAUAAAGAAAAUACGACAUAUAUUUGUCGUGGAUGUUCAAAAGAUUUUUGUUUUCAACAUUUAACAGAACAUCGACAAAUUCUUCAUAGACAGUUAGAUGAAAUUAUUAAUGAUCACGAUCAAUUUCAACAAACAAUUAUUCAACAAAAACAAAAUCCGUUAAAUUCUCUUUUAAUUCAACAAAUUAAUGAAUGGGAAAAAAAUUCUAUUGAGAAAAUUCAACAAACAGCAGAAGAAUGUCGAGAAACAGUGAUGAAUUUGACACAAAAGUUGCUCAAUGAUGUCGAAAAAAAGUUUAUUGAAUUAUCUAAGAAAUUAAAAGAAAUUCGUGAAGAAAAUGAAUUUAAUGAAAUUGAUUUAAAUAAUUUUCAAUUAAAAUUAACACGAAUUACAGAAGAACUUCUCACACCAGCAAAUAUUUCGAUUGAAGGAGAUUCACAAGAAUUUAUCAAGAAAAUUUCAAUUACUUCAUCGUUCGAAGAAAUUGAAACAAAAAAGAAUCAGUUUCAGCAAUUUGCAAUUACCGUUGCUGGAGGAAAUAGAUAUGGACAGGAAUUAAAUCAACUCAAUCGUCCUGAAGGGAUCUUUAUUGACAAUGACAAAUCAAUUUAUAUUGCUGAUUAUGGGAAUCACCGUAUUGUUAAAUGGGAAUUGAAUUCAAAUCAAGGUCAAAUCAUUGUAGGUGAAAAUGGAAGAGGAAAUAAAAAUAAUCAAUUGAACUAUCCAGCAGAUAUAAUUUUUGAUAAAGAAAAUAAUUCUUUUAUUAUUUCUGAUCGUGGAAACAGCCGAGUAGUUCGAUAUUUUGAUAAUAAUCAAACAAAUCAACAAAUUCUUAUUUCAAAUAUUAAUUGUUGGGGUCUAACAAUUGAUAAAAAUGGAUUUAUUUAUGUUUCUGAUUAUGCGAAUAAUGAAGUAAGACGAUGGAAACAAGGAGAUGAAGAAGGUGAAUUAGUUGCAGGUGGGAAUGGUAAAGGAAAUCAUCUUAAUCAACUCAAUUAUCCUACUUUCAUCUUUAUUGAUGAAGACUAUUCUCUUUAUAUAUCAGAUCGUGACAAUCAUCGUGUAGUGAAAUGGAACAAAGAUGCUAAAGAAGGAAUUAUUGUUGCUGGUGGAAAUGAUCAAGGAAAUAGUCUCAAACAACUGUCUCGUCCUCGUGGAGUGAUUGUUGAUCAUUUAGGUCAAAUCUAUGUGGCAGAUUUUGGGAACCAUCGAAUAAUGCGUUGGUGCGAAGGAGAUAAAGAGGGUGAAACUGUUGUUAGUGGGAAUGGAAUAGGAAAUCAACCAAAUCAAUUAAAUGGUCCCACCGGUCUAUCAUUUGAUAACGAAGAAAAUCUUUAUGUUGCUGAUAAAGACAAUCAUCGAAUUCAAAAAUACGAAAAAGUUUCAGAUUAA